AUGUGCGGCCACGCCUCGCAGAUUCGUUUCUCGCGCCUGGGUCAGGCGCGCGGGGGGGCAUCCCCCGGGUCGCUCGACCAGCGAUCCGAAGAGGAGAAUGUGGCCCUGAGUUAUGUGUACGCCAACUCGUGUGGCAGCCAGCUGGCUGUGUGUCUUGUGAGCUUGUUUGGGUCUGGCUACCUUGUCGCGUGCAACACCUCGACCGCAAUCGCUGAGCGGGAGGCGGCCGCUCGGGUAGAGACGCGCACGUUCGCGCUGCCGAAGGUUGCGCUCUACACCGUGGUCACGGGCGCGUACGAGAAGACGGUUCCGUAUAGCUGCAGAGAAGCGUACGGCAGGGGUACGCCGAUCGCUCAGUCCUUCAACGUGGUCUGCUACCUCGUGACAGACUCGGACAAGAUGGCGCAGGCUGCAUCCCGCAUGGGGUGGUCCCCCGUCCGACUUCGCACGUCGAGGCACCCCAAGCGGCAGCAGCGCGAGACCAAGAUUGUCGGCUUCGCUCAGGCGGAGCUGGCGGUGCUCAAGACGUACGAGUAUGUGCUGUACCACGACGGGCAUCGUGGGCCCAGGGUGCACGCUGUGCACAAGAAACUCGAGGUCUUCCCGGCCGAAACGUGGCAAUGCUGGCUACACAAGGUGAUCUCCGAGACCCUGCAGCCGCUCCUCGAGCAGCGUGCGGACAUUGUGUACUUUGGGCACCCUGACCGGAACACGACGCACGAGGAGGGGUUGGAGGUCCGCAAAAUGAAGCUGUGCUCCAACGCGUCGCUGGACAGAGUGGCGCAGCUGCAUAAGACGCGCGGCUACCCUGACAACAUGGGGCUGGCCGAGACGGCUGUUCUCGCGCGCCGGUGGAACAGCCCCGCGCUCCAGCAGGCAAUGCACGGGUGGUGGGAUGCCAUGGUGCAGACCAACUGCAUGCGUGACCAGCUCAACUUCGAGUUUGCCCUGUGGAAGCACAAGGUGAAGUCCGUGCGCAAGGAGAAUCUUGACUUCCCGUUUAUCAAGCUUCACGAGCACAGCGACCCGCGCGCCAUCCGACGUCGCAGUGACGCUAGGCGGGCCUGA